GAAGUGAUGGCUGGAUUAGAUGUAAACUUGUUGGUGUUUGGAAUGCUUGUACUCUUUCCCCAAAGUAAUUGUAAAACCAACAGAGGAAUAUGUGGGUCACCACGAUCUGACGGAUCACCGGCCUGCUGUCCUUACUUCUAUAUUGAUGGUGACCAGUGUGUAGAGUGUCCAGUUGGAUAUAAAACCAACAAAGGAAAAAACUGUACAGAGCCUUGUGAUUUUCCUGAUUAUGGUACACAAUGUCAUAGUACUUGUCAUUGUUCUCAAGAGGAUUGUCACCACGUCAACGGAUGCCCUGUGUUAGGUACCACAGCGAGUCUAGUAACUACAACAGAAACCACACUCUUUAGUGACACUGGAACUAUUUCAGGUACCACAGCGAGUCUAGUAACUACAAUAGAAACCAUGCUCUGUAGUACAUGUAAGUAACCGAUGUAUAAAUGUUCCAUAGUCUCUUCUCUUUGACACAAAUGAAGGGUUGAUAUAAUCAAUCUAGAUGAUAAAUAUUUCGUGUCUAUAUGGUUUUACAUUUUGAUAUCUUUAAACGUUAAUGAUCCAUCUUAUGAUUAUUGAUAUUAACUCUCGUCAAAUUUUGGAAAAUCUAUUUAAAUCACAGAUUUUACCACAUUGUUUGUUUUUGGAAUUGGAGCCAGCAUUAAGUUUAAGAGAUUUUUUAUUCGUGUGAAUCAUCCAUUAGGUAUAAAAUUUUAUCGAAUAGUUGUGUAGCGUCGACUUCACUUGUAAAACGCCAAAUCAGGCAUGUAGAACUAGAUUUAAUAGACUUCCAUUUAGAAUGAAAGUAGCUGCUACCAAAUCUAUGGAUCAUUUGGCCAUAUCUGAAAAUCCACAGGCGCAUUAUUAUUCUUAUUCUAUCAAUACAGGUGUCAAUAUAUUAAAUCCUAUAUCAAGUGUGUAUAUUGAUUUAGAUACUAUUGGGUUGUUAUUCCUGAUUCAAAAUUUCAACUCAGUUCCUUUCAAAACCACAUUUAAUGUUAUAAUACAUCAGACGUGCUUUGGACCAAAUUCAUCAGCUACAAUACGCAGAGAGGAAGGACAGAUCUUAUAUCUGUCUCUCGUAUAUGAUAUAUUGGCUUAAAGGGACUGAUUCACGAUUUCCCCCAAAAUUUUGUUUUUCCCUUUUAAUGAUCAAAACCUACUGUCUAAUGUGUUUAAAAGAUUUCGCAUAAAAGUUAAGGUUAUACAUUAUCACAGAAGCUCAUUUGAAAAAGUUUGUUAUUUGUUUUGUAAACAAAGAUUGUGGUAUGUUAUUGUUUACGAAAUUUUCAAAAGAAAUGGAUAUCGAUCUAAAUUUAUUAUAUCUUUAACAUUUCAAGCAUUCUUUGAGGGAGAAUGUGUCAUCAAAAAGUUAAAAUUUGUAACUAUUUGUAACUAUGGAGAUUUAAGAUGCUUUAUAUCACAAAAUUGAUGUUUCACUGUUUGUUUGUAUACACGAAAAGACUCGAGUCUUUGUUUACAUAACACAGAUUUAAGGCUAAAAUAUUGCUUUUAUUCUUGCAUUCAGAAGGCCGAAAUUUUGGCUGUUGACAUUAAACGAGUUAUAUUUUCAAUGUUUAACAUCAUUUCGUUUUUCAAAAUCGUGAACCAGUCCCUUUAACACCGAUAUACUGUUGGUGAUUUUAUCUACAUUGGCAAAAUUGAGUUCCUAUGGUGAUGAGAUUUAAUGGAGAGGACACAGCAAAAUAGAUAUUGUAAUUUCGGCUCAAAUAAAGUUAAAUGAAAGAGUAUGGCGUCUACAGUAUAUGUAAUCAGAUCAGAGUAACAGCUAUUUUUAAAAUGUGUCGAAUAUACAAUAUUUUUUAUGGUAAAAUAAAGUAAUGAUAACGAACAGUAAUCAAUCUCACAAAUCCUAUAAAGAAAACAAAAUAGAGAGUUGGGCAAACACGGACCCUUGGACACAUCAGAGGUAGGAUCAGGUGCCUGGGAGGAGUAAGUAUCCCUGUUGACCGGUCACACUCGCAUCGUUCUCCGUGUUAUGGAAAGCGAUCACUACUUGCGUUGUUUUACUAAUAUAUCUAUAAGACUCAGUCAAAUAUAUCAAUGGAAUAUUUUUAUAUUCCCAAAACGUAGAUACACGUAUACGGCAUAUGCCAGUAGGAAAGACUUUGAUGAAUAUCCAGGCAACAAUUUUACCCCUGUAGUAUUAUCUAUAUAUCAAAAUAUUUAUUUCCCUAAGUGCAUACUGUUGUCUGGAUUAUCAGAAAUCAUUUUAGAUAAUAAAGAAAA